AAAUGUCUGGGAGAGAAAAGGCAGUUUGGACAGUGUGUGACAAGACUAACUUCAUAAAGUACACCAUGAAGAUACUGCUGUUGGUUUAUCUGUGUGUGUAUGUCGCCUGGGCACAGGACCUUGAGUUUGAUAACGAAGAGGAUGAUGACUUGGCAACACCGGAAUCAAAUGGAACAGCUGUAGAUGCUCGUGGUCACCGCCCACUACAAAAGGGCAGGGAGACCUUCACUGGAAAUAGAUAUGCCCCUCCUCCUGUCAGCAGUGGUAGCAGGUAUCGUGGGCGCCCCACUCCUGCUCCAGUUGGUGGCCGACAGAUGCAGGAGAAAGUUGAGCAGCCCGAGGCAGGAGGAUGUACACAUGCUUCAGAGGAGAUGGGUGUUUUGUGUCCCACUGGCUGCGAUCUAAAGACCACGUUGCUGAAGCAAGAGAGAAAUGUCAAGAGGAGCAUUGACGAACUCAAGCCUCAGGUGAAUGAUUUGUCCCAGUCCUCCAACACUGUCUUCAACUACGUCAAUGGCAUUUCCAACUCGCUGAGGGAGAGGCAAAGACUAUCCAACGACAACAGUAGGGUAGUUAGUCAGUACACCGACCGAGUGGAGGAGCAGCACACCUACAUCAAAGAGAUAGUGGAUACUGUGUUCCCUUCCAAUAUCAGAUUAUUGCAGGGGGUCCUGGACAAGAUCAAGCUGAAGAUACAGAAGCUGGAGAAGGCCAUCCAGGCCCAGAGGGAUGAGUGCAAGACGCCAUGCAAGACUAAAUGUCCCAUACCAGUAGUUUCUGGUAAAGAGUGUGAGGACAUCUUCCGUCGGGGAGGAGUAGAUUCCCAGAUGUAUAUGAUCCAGCCUGAUGCCUUUUACCCUCCAUACAAGGUUUUCUGUGAUCAGGCCUCCCAGAAUGGAGGAUGGCUUCUUAUCCAGAAUAGGCUUGAUGGCAGUGUUGACUUUGGUCGACGCUGGGACGAAUAUCGCCGUGGAUUUGGAAAUAUUGCCUUUGAUUCUGGCAAGGGUCACUGUGCGACUCCUGGUGAAUACUGGCUGGGUAAUGACCGUAUCAGUCAGCUGACUAAGAUGGGCCCAACUGAGGUUCUCAUCGAGAUGGAGGACUGGACAGGAGCCAAGGUCCAUGCCCAGUACAACCAGUUCACUGUCCAAUCAGAGACAUCCAACUACGUGCUUGCUGUUGGUGGUUAUUCUGGUAAUGCUGGCAACUGUUUCCUGGAAGGAUCUCUUGAGCUCUUUGGUGAAAACCGUACUAUGACCAUUCACAAUGGCAUGAUGUUCAGUACCUACGACAGAGACAACGACAACUGGACCCCUGGUAAUCCCACCAAACAGUGCUCCAAGGAGGAUGGAGGUGGCUGGUGGUACAAUCGCUGCCACUCAGCCAAUCCCAAUGGGCGGUACUACAUUGGAGGAGCCUACACACGACAGAUGGCCAAGCAUGGCACAGAUGAUGGUGUGGUGUGGAUGAACUGGAAGGGCAGCUGGUACUCGCUCAAGGCUAUUAGCAUGAAGAUCAGGCCUUACUUUGCCUCCAGAUAAUCCAAGAGUGUCGAUGCACAUAACAUAUAAAAGAAGGUGCCAAACUAAAUGGUAUAUGACAUGCAGAUUUACAAAUAACUAACACUAAGUGUCAACAAACUGUAACGAGAACUAAAAAACAAGGCUAAAGUAAUGCAGGAGCAAUGCAAGUAUUAAAAAUAUGUUGGGGAUGUCAGAUAAACUUGUUACCAACAAAAGUAAGAGAAAAAAACCUAAUUAGUUGUGAGUAAAUAUGCUGCGAUCUGUCCUUUUUUGUUAUGUGUGACAACUAUAAGGAUGAGUUGAUGCAAACUGUCCUCGACUACUCAAUAAACACAUUGAGGAACAUA